AUGAGUCGCUAUCUCAAAUACCAUCCGACGGCUCAUGUUAAUCUGGAUCCACUCACCAUACAAAACCAAAUGCCCCCACCAAUUUCUUUUUCUUAUCUCACCACACUUCCCACGGUGGUAAUGGCCGAAAACCAACCACCGUUGCAGCCGUCAUCUGCGCCGCCGCCACCACCGUCGUCUCCGCCACACUCUGGCUCCGAUAAUCCCGAUCCAACACAAUACUGGUGUUACCAGUGCGAUAAACGAGUCCCCGUCGAAACCCGACCCGAUGAUCCCGAUAUCAUCUGUUUCGAGUGUAAGAACGGAUUUGUCGAGUCGAUCUCAGUUCCUUCUCACGCUCGACAAGUCAGCGAUGAAGAUACUCCUGCUUUCGGAAACGAGUUCCUACAGGUGCUCAGGUUAAUUGCUCAGUCGGCGGGUGAGGACGACGAGCCUCCUCCUCCUCCUCCUGCUGCAGAUCAUCCCGUUGGCGACAACGAUUAUCUCCGUAUCGAGCUCGAUGGAUGGGAUAACCGUAUCCUUGACGUCAACGAGGUGGAAGAAGAGGAGGAUCCUCAAGUAGACGAAGAUAGGGCUCGAUUUUACUAUGACGAUGAAGACGACGACGACGACGAUGAGCAAGAAGAAGAAGAGACCGAGAAUCGGAACCAAGAAGAGGAGGAGACGGAUGAGGAUUUCGUCAGAAGAGAAAGGCGUGACGUGCUCCGUCUUCGCCUCCGCGACUUCGCGAGCCGAGCUGCAAACCGUCGUAACCGGAUUCUGGAUUGGGCAGAGAUCCUAAUGGGACUCGAGGACCAGUCUAUCGAAUUCAGGCUACAAGUUCCCGGAGAUGAUGAUGGUUACAUAGGCAAUCCUGGAGACUACGUCGACGCAGCUGGAUACGAAGCUUUAUUGCAAAAUCUCGCAGAGAGUGAUAGCGGUGGGAGGAGAGGCGCGCCGCCUGCCGGAAAAUUAGCGAUCGAGAGCCUACAAACAGUCGAUGUGAAUUCAACUAACAUGGAAAUCUGCGCGAUUUGUAAAGACAGAGUGUUCAAUAACGAAGACAAGAUCGCUAAGCAACUAGGGUGUGGACAUAUGUAUCAUGGAGACUGUAUAGUGCCAUGGUUGGGUUCGAGGAAUACUUGUCCUGUUUGUAGGUAUGAGUUGCCUACAGAUGAUCCUGAAUUUAAGAAGCUAGUUGACACAACAAGAAACUUCUUGGCAAACCUUCCUCUUCUCUCUUCUGCACAAGCAUUAACUACGUCUCCUUUUUCCCUUAACCUGGCAUGGAAGCCUAAUGCUCUUCCUUCCCUUCAACUUGUCGGAAUCUCAUUGAUAACCCAACGUUACUCCUCGUCACCGGAAGUCCCACCUCCGCCACCACAAGUUACCUUCUCUAUCAUCGUCGCAACCGCCACAGCCACCACCACCCAAGGUACAAUUCGCCUCACCGGCAUUGACAUGCCGCUACCGCCACCCUUUCUGUAUCUAUUGUCUUGUAACUCUGGCUAA